ACCAGUAAUUACACCCAGCCUUUCAGUUCUGUGACUUGUUUACUACUGUCAUCACUGUAAGUCACCGGCGGCAAUGGCACAUGUGGUGUUCCUUCCAUAUACUAUGAAUAGCCAUAUAACACCAAUAGUACACAUUGCUCGACUUUUCGCCUUCUACGGAGGCCUCAAAAUCACCAUAAUUGCCACUCCAAAAAAUGCUCUCCUUUUUCAAUCCUCAGUCGAUAAAGACUGUCUCGAAUUGGGCAGCGAAAUCUCCGUCAAAACGGUUAAAUUUCCGGCAGAUGAAGUGGACUUACCUGAGGGAGUUGAAAAUAUUAUCGCUAGCCCUUCAAUGGAAAUAGUUGGCAAAGUAUGUUAUGGCUUUACGCUGCUCCAAAAACCCAUGGAACAGUUAAUUCGGCAGCUCAAUCCUCAAUGCAUUGUCUCCGACAUGUUUUUUCCUUGGACUGUUGAUUUAGCUGAGGAGUUGAAAAUUCCGAGGUACUCAUUUCAACCUGCGACUUUUAUACAUCAAUGUGCCUGGCAUUUUCUUAAGGGAUACACACCUCAUAUGAAAGUGGCUUCGGAUUCUGAGCGUUUCUUGAUCCCUGGCUUACCUCACGAGAUCAAAAUGAAACGCUCAGAAAUAGAAGAUUUCCUUAUAGAGGAGACUGAUUUCAGUCUGAUGGUAAAUGAAAACCUAGAAGCUGAGCUUCGUAGCUAUGGCAUUAUUCAUAACACUUGUUCUGAGCUCGAACCUGGUUAUGCCGAAGUCUAUAAAAAAGUUAGAGGGAGAAAAGGUUGGCACAUUGGCCCCCUCUCUCUGUUUAUCAACAACCUGGAAUGCGUAAAAAUUUCAAAAGAAAUUUCAAACUCCAAUUCCUCUACUGACCCUUGGAAAGGUUACAGUGAUUGUUUGAAUUGGCUGGAAAAACAAGAACACAACUCUGUGCUCUAUGUUAACUUUGGGAGCAUGGUAAGAUUUCCCAAUGAUCAGCUUAGCGAAAUUGCAUUAGCAUUAGAGGCUGCAAAUUGUCCAUUUAUUUGGGUGGUUAGAGAGCAGGAGAAAAAUCAAGAAGACGGCGAGAACGGCCAUUUUAAUUGGUGGCCUAAUGGUUUCAAGGAAAAUAUUGUAGAAAAGAAUAAAAUGGGUUUAAUUAUCCAAGGUUGGGCGCCACAAGUAUUAAUCUUGAAACAUCGCUCAAUUGGAGGAUUCUUGACUCAUUGCGGUUGGAAUUCAAUACUAGAAGCUUUAACAGUAGGUCUACCAUUGAUUACAUGGCCCUUAUUUUCAGAGAAUUUUUAUAGCGAAAAGCUUUUGGAGCAACUUGGACUUGGAAUCGGAGUCGGAGCAGAUGUCUGGAACUCGGGGUUUAUUGUGUCGAGUCCGGUGGUUUCGAAAGAGAAAUUAGAGUUGGCUAUCAAGUGUUUGAUGUGUGAUUCAGAGAAAAGUAGGGAAAUUCGACAAAAUGCUAAGUUAAUGGCAGAAAAGUUGAAGAGUGCCGCUGAAGAAGGUGGUUCAUCUCAUUCACAGCUCAUUGCGUUGAUUGAGGAAAUCAAGAGUAGUUCUUUCAAGAAUUUCACUUGAAAUGUAUCUUCAAUGUAAUCACUACUUGAAAUAAAUUUGGCAAAAGUGUCACAAUUUGCCUGGUUUUAAUUUUCUUUAAGAGUCUAUU